AGCCACGACUAUGCUACACGCAUUUGAUGGUCAACAAUGUAAUGUUUUUAAUUCUAAUAAUAAUAAUAAUAAUACUGCGCCCAAUCCAUCUCCGGAGAGGAAACAAUGGCGAUCUCAUCUUCCGUUUUGCUCUCCCUCUUCAUUCUUCUGCCGCCUAUCAUACCUAAUUCGCUUGCUCAAUCCAACAGUAAUAUAAGCCUGGGCUCCUGCCUCACCCCCAUCGGCGACAACACCACCUGGCGCUCCCCCUCCGGGGACUUUGCCUUCGGCUUCCGCCCCCUCGACACCGACCCCAACCUCUUCCUCCUCGCCAUCUGGUUCGACAAGAUACCCAACAAGACCACCGUUUGGUACCUCGGAGGCGGCACCCAGCCGGUGCAAUCUGGAGACAAAUUGCAGCUCGUCUCCAACGGGUACCUCUCCCUCGAGGACCAAACUGGUCAACAGAUAUGGACCAGCGGAACAGGCAGCACCGCCGACUACGCCGCCAUGCUCGACACGGGCAACUUUGUGCUCGCCAGCUCUGACGGAUCAAUCUCAUGGCAGAGUUUUGACAAUCCGUCUGACACCAUAUUGCCUUCCCAAGUGCUCAGCCAGGGUAGCAUGCUCCGAGCCCGGCUAAUGGACACCGAUUAUAUGCCCGGGAGGUUUAUUCUCAGCGUCCAACAGGAUGGAAAUCUUGUGUUCUAUCCAAUCGUGCAGCCCUCCGGAUUCUCGUACGAUCCAUACUGGGCAAGCCACACCGUCGGCAUCGGAACGAAGUUGGUCUACAAUGAGACGGGCAGCAUCUACCUGGCUCUCGCGAACGGCAACGACUUCCCAGUCGUCUCUGCGGGGAGCUACUCGCUGUCUAUGUUCUACCAAAGAGCGACGCUUGAUCCCGAUGGGGUCCUCCGGCAAUAUGUGUAUCCAAAGAACAGCACGAACGGAGGGUGGUCGGCGGUGGACCUCCAACCUCUGGACAUCUGUCAGGCGAUGUUCACGGAAACUGGGAGUGGCGUCUGCGGGUUCAACAGCUACUGCAAGUUAAACGGAAACCAGAGCGUGGAUUGUGAGUGCCCGCCUCACUAUUCCUACCUGGAUCCGAGCCGAAAAUAUAGAGGUUGUAAGCCUAAUUUCGCGGUGCACAAUUGCCAUGCAGAGGGAACAGAGGUGGAUCAAGGAUUGUUCGACACGGUUGAGCUAAAAAAUGUAGAUUGGCCUUUGGCAGAUUAUGAGCAUUACCAACCCCUCAAUAAUGAACUUUGCAGGAAUAAUUGCUUGAGCGAUUGCUUCUGCGCUGUUGUGGUGUAUAAUGAUCAGGACUGCUGGAAGAAGAAGCUCCCUCUGUCCAACGGAAGGGUCGGCAGUUACGUCCAAAGAACACUUCUAGUCAAAAUACCGAAAGGGAACUAUUCGCAGAUACAACCUGCUACUCUUAUGCCCGCGAAUAAGAAGAACGAUAAGAGGACUUUGAUCUUGGUGGGUUCUGUGCUUCUAGGGAGCUCUGCAUUUUUUAACCUUCUUCUCAUCGCGGCAAUCAUUUUCAUCACCUUUUACGGCUUCCGCAUUCGAAGAAAUGCGAAGCUAGGUCCCGACCUGAGCACGGUCGGGCUAAGUCUCCGCUGCUUUACCUACAGAGAGCUCGAGAAGGCAACAAACGGGUUCAGAGAGGAGGUCGGCAGCGGCGCCUCCGGUGUGGUGUACAAGGGAUACUUGCAGGACAAAUACGACACCUGUAUCGCAGUCAAGAAAAUUGGCAAGGCCUUGCCUGAGACAGAAAAGGAGUUUGCAGUUGAAAUGCAGGCGAUCGGGAAGACCCACCACAAGAACCUUGUCCGACUGCUCGGCUACUGCAAUGAAGGAAAAGAGCGGCUUCUAGUCUACGAGUUCAUGAGCAACAGAUCAUUAACCCAAUUCCUUUUCAAUGGUCCAAGGCCGGAUUGGAACCGUCGAGUCCAGAUCGCACUUGGGGUCGCAAGGGGCCUGCUAUACUUGCAUGAAGAGUGCAGCACUCGGAUCAUCCACUGCGACAUAAAGCCUCAAAACAUACUACUCGACGAAAAUUUCGUCGCAAAGAUCUCGGACUUCGGCUUGGCAAAGCUUCUUAAGACGGACCAAACUCAGACGAACACCGGCAUCAGAGGGACGCGAGGGUAUGUUGCGCCCGAGUGGUUCAGGAACGUGAGAAUCACAUCCAAGGUGGACGUCUACAGUUUUGGGGUCAUUUUACUGGAGAUCAUAUGCUGCAGAAGGAACGUGGAAGCGGAGAUUGGCGACGAGGAGCAGGUAAUACUGACGUAUUGGGUGAAUGACUGCUACAGAGAAGGGAGGGUGGACUUGGCGGUGGAUGGCGACGAAGAAGCCACGGCCGACAUGAAGAGGGUGGAGCAGUUCGUAAUGGUGGCUUUGUGGUGCGUACAAGAAGAGCCGUCGUUGAGGCCUACCAUGCGAAAGGUGACGCAGAUGCUCGAAGGAGCCGUGGAUGUUCCCAUGCCCCCUGAGCCUUCAUUAACUUCUGGCACCAGCUGUAGAUAAUUUAGAGCUGCUUCUGCCCUGAGAAUGUCUUAGAAUAAAAGCUAGUUGUAAUCACGAGGGCUUCAAUCUUAAGAAUUGAAAUGUACGUUCAAGUCUUAAUCAAAUGCAGAGUACAUCAGGCUAACUAAGCCUCUUGAAUGUAAUGAAAGCUAGUACUCUCUUGUAUCUUUUCCACCGUCCGUAAAUUUGCUCACUAGAUCUUAUUUUUGUUCCCUUGCAAGCAACAUGCAAAAUACAUUGUUAAUUAAGCCUA